GUUGAUCACAGUUAGCUCGCCACGUCAGCCGAAGCCAAGUACAAUACUACCUUGGGAUAUCGGAUACUCCAUUAUUAGGGACACGUUAUAUCUUAACGUAAUUCAAACUCGAUGUCAAGAGAAGGAACCUAAACAAAACUUGUUCCAAGAAAUUUUUAGCAACCCUGUACUAGCCUUCCUCAAAACGGGACUGGGCCAACAAUCGUGGCAUUCCACAUCGGUUUUGGCCCGUCCUGAAUUCCUUGAUCAUCGCAAACAAACGGGCUCACGGUCCACGGCUCAGUUGGGAGCCCUCGCAGCCACGCGUGGCGCUCAGCUCAGGUCCCUCCAAUUCUCCAAAUCCAUCGGCCUCGGCGCUCUCCGCUCUCGCCGUCGGCCCUCGGCCGUCGCCAACCCCCACGCCGCCCUUCCCGAUUGUCCUCCGCCUCUCUCCUCCUCCUCCUCGCAUCGCCGCCUGUUGAGGAAGGCGAAGCUAUCGGCGUGGGGGGUGGGAUUUGGAUGAGCGAGCCAGGAACUUCGACCACCUGGUGGCUCUCUCUCUGCGGGCGGCGGCGAGACGCCUACUGCCAUGUCGGCGUCGUCGCUGGCGUCUUCCUCCUACCGCCGCAGGAUCGUCCAGUCCAGGGACGCGGUUUCCAGCCCGGCGUACUGGUCCCGCCUCCCCGCCCGCGCGAGGCCGCCCGCGCACACCAGGAUCGGCGCCGGCGUGCUGCCCGCCGCCACCUCAGUUCAUGGAGUUGAGAGCAGCAUCAUCACUGUCCUAGCUAUGCAGCGAUGGGAAACCUUGAGUCAAAUGGCAUACAAAUCUGGGAAGCUUGACAAGGCACAUGGAAAGCUGGCCUUGAGGAUGCUGGACUCUAUCGUUCAACAAUCAGGUUUGGACCGAAUUACCCAUAUUUAUUGCAUGGCUGUCCACAUCCUUGUCCAAGCUCAAAUGCCAUCACAAGCGAUGUCAGUGUUGAGGCACCUUGCCCUGACAGGCUUUUCCUGUAGUGCCAUAUUUAGCUCCCUUUUGCGGACCAUUUCACGUUGUGAUCCCACCAACCUCUUUUCUGUUGAUCUUCUUGUCAAUGCUUAUGUGAAGGAAGGAAAAGUACUUGAUGCGGCUGCAGCAAUUUUCUUUAUGGAUGAAUGUGGAUUUAAGGCUUCAUUAUUUUCGUGCAAUAACAUCCUUAAUGCUCUCGUGGGAAUAAACAAGUCAGAAUAUGUUUGGUUGUUUUUGAAAGAAAGUCUGGACCGGAAGUUCCCUCUAGAUGUUACCACUUGCAACAUUGUGCUGAAUUCUUUGUGCACUCAGGGAAAACUUAGUAAGGCUGAAAGUAUGCUACAAAAGAUGAAGAAUUGUCGCUUACCUAAUGCUGUUACUUAUAAUACUAUACUUAACUGGUAUGUUAAGAAGGGAAGGUGUAAGUCUGCCCUGCGUAUUCUAGAUGAUAUGGAGAAGAAUGGCAUAGAGGCAGAUCUGUAUACUUAUAACAUCAUGAUAGAUAAAUUAUGUAAACUAAAGAGGAGUGCACGUGCAUACCUUUUGCUAAAAAGAAUGAGGGAAGUUAACUUAACACCUGAUGAAUGUUCUUAUAAUACUUUGAUCCAUGGAUUUUUUGGUGAAGGUAAGAUAAAUCUUGCUAUCUAUAUCUUCAAUCAAAUGCUGAGACAAAGUUUGAAACCAAGUGUAGCUACUUACACAGCAUUGAUUGAUGGGUACUGCCGAAAUGGGAGAACAGAUGAAGCCCGCAGAGUUCUUUAUGAAAUGCAGAUCACUGGUGUGAGACCAAGUGAGCUUACUUAUAGUGCGUUGUUGAAUGGUUACUGCAAACAUUCCAAGCUGGGACCUGCAUUAGAUCUUAUCAAAUAUCUGAGAUCGAGAAGCAUAUCCAUCAAUAGAACUAUGUAUACUAUUCUCAUUGAUGGUUUCUGUCAACUAGGGGAGGUUUCUAAGGCUAAACAAAUUUUAAAGUGCAUGCUUGCGGAUGGAAUUGAUCCAGAUGUUAUUACUUAUUCAGCAUUGAUCAAUGGUAUGUGCAAGAUGGGUAUGAUACAUGAGACAAAAGAGAUUUUAUCAAGGAUGCAAAAAAGUGGAGUUCUGCCUAAUAAUGUACUAUAUACAACUCUAGUUUUUUAUUUUUGCAAGGCUGGGCAUGCCAAAGAAGCACUAAAGUAUUUUGUGGAUAUUUAUCGAAGUGGUCUAGUUGCCAACUCAGUCAUUCAUAAUGCAUUACUAUGUUCUUUUUAUAGAGAGGGAAUGAUUGCAGAGGCUGAGCAAUUCAAACAAUACAUGUCUAGGAUGAAGAUAUCAUUUGAUGUUGCUUCCUUUAACUGCAUAAUAGACAGUUACUGCCAGAGAGGUAAUGUACUUGAGGCAUUUUCAGUUUAUGAUAAUAUGGUUAGACAUGGAUGGCCUCCAGAUAUUUGCACUUAUGGGAGUUUGCUCAGAGGAUUAUGUCAGGGAGGCCACUUGGUACAAGCAAAAGAGUUUAUGGUCUAUCUUCUUGAGAAAGCUUGUGCAAUUGAUGAGAAAACCUUGAAUACACUACUUGUAGGGAUCUGCAAACAUGGAACCCUAGAUGAAGCUCUGGAUUUAUGUGAGAAAAUGGUCACAAGGAACAUUUUACCUGAUACUUAUACCUACACCAUUCUUCUGGAUGGGUUUUGCAAAAGAGGUAAGGUUGUGCCUGCACUCAUCUUGUUGCAGAUGAUGUUAGAGAAAGGACUGGUUCCUGAUACCAUUGCAUAUACCUGUUUGUUGAAUGGCCUAGUAAAUGAAGGUCAAGUGAAGGCUGCUUCUUACAUGUUCCAGGAGAUUAUAUGCAAGGAAGGCUUGUAUGCAGAUUGUAUUGCGUACAAUUCAAUGAUGAAUGGAUAUCUAAAGGGAGGACAGAUAAAUGAAAUAGAAAGACUGAUGCGUAACAUGCAUGAGAAUGAGGUAUAUCCAAGCUCUGCUAGCUAUAACAUCCUAAUGCAUGGGUACAUCAAGAAGGGACAAUUGUCAAGAACUUUAUAUCUAUACAGGGAUAUGGUGAAAGAAGGGAUCAAACCAGAUAAUGUGACAUACCGCUUACUCAUCUUUGGACUUUGUGAGUACGGAUUGAUUGAGAUUGCAGUUAAAUUCUUGGAGAAGAUGGUCUUAGAAGGAGUUUUUCCUGAUAAUUUAGCUUUUGAUAUACUCAUAAAGGCUUUCAGUGAGAAAUCUAAGAUGUCUAAUGCUUUACAACUUUUCAGCUAUAUGAAGUGGUUACAUAUGUCACCCAGUAGUAAAACAUAUGUUGCCAUGGUAAAUGGAUUAAUCAGAAAAAAUUGGUUGCAACAGAGUUAUGAAAUUUUACAUGACAUGGUAGAAAGCGGGCUUCAACCAAAGCAUACACAUUAUAUUGCAUUGAUCAAUGCAAAAUGCAGGGUUGGAGACAUUGAUGGAGCAUUUGAGCUAAAAGAGGACAUGAAAGCUCUUGGUGUUGUGCCAUCUGAAGUUGCUGAAAGUUCAAUUGUUAGAGGCCUUUGUAAAUGUGGAAAGGUUGAAGAGGCCAUCAUAGUUUUCAGUAGCAUAAUGCGUGCAGGCAUGGUGCCAACUAUUGCUACAUUUACUACCCUAAUGCAUGGUCUUUGUAAAGAAUUCAAGAUUGAUGAUGCUUUCCACUUAAAGCAGUUGAUGGAGUCAUGUGGGCUGAAGGUUGAUGUUGUCACUUAUAAUGUAUUAAUUACUGGUUUAUGCAACAAGAAGUGUAUUUGUGAUGCAUUAGAUCUUUAUGAAGAGAUGAAAUCGAAGGGACUUCUGCCGAACAUUACAACGUACAUCACACUGACUGGAGCUAUGUAUGCAACAGGGACAAUGCAGGAUGGGGAGAAACUUCUGAAGGAUAUAGAAGAUAGGGGCAUUGUUCCUUCAUAUAAGCAUCCUGAAAGUCUUGAAUGGAGGAUGGAAAAUGCAAUAAAAAGGUUAAACACAAUAAGGAAUUGCAGAAAAGGAAUAUCUUUCAAGAAUGAAGUUGAGCUAUUGCCGGUAGAUCAUGAAGCUGCUAAUUGAAUAUAUUUUCAUAAUAAAUUUGUCUUUGAUUGAAA